CAAACGGCAAGUGCCAUGGCGACCGAUGGCAGCGAGCGUGGACGCUACCACCGCUACAAGGCGGCGACCAACGUUGUUCUCACGUGGCUUCAAGAAGCCACCCAACCCAAGAACACCAAUAUAACGGUGCGCGCACGCUCCGCUAACGUCGCCGAGUGGUCUGUCUCGCAGAUCUGGACUGCAGCGCUUGAGGUCGUUGAAGCCGCAACACCGGUACCAUGCCGUAUCCUGCGCGAGCUCGGGACGGCCGUCCGCCUGCGCCACGAGUACUCUCUCAAGAUGCCCCCUGACGACGGCCAUAUGCAUGUCCUCAACACUUUCCGCGCGAUCGAGGCGCGGUGGACGCCGCUGGUGUCCGCCAAGACGCCAACGUCCACGACGCCGUUCGACUUGACGACGUUCUCGCCACCUACAGACGCGACCGACGCAGCGCACACGCGUCUGGUGGCUCGCUUGGAAGGCGCGCAGUUUCAAUGUGUGUUCUUUUUGCUCGACCUCGACGACAUGAACCGCGAGGUCAAGCUCGCCUGGGAAAUGUUCCAGCGCGGCGAAAUGAGCUUGAUCGCUGCGACAGCCGUCACCAACGCCUGCGUCCACACCGUCGACGAGCUGAGCAAGACCUUGCGCAUUGCGCACCCGCACUUCGAGGACCUUGACCACAUCAUGGCAUUUCUGGUCUGUGAGGAGCUUCUCAUCGAUCUCGUCGUCGGCAACGCUGACCUAACCCUCAGCACCGCGGUCGAAGUGGUGGUCCUGGCCAAACGAGCGAUGAUCGACGAGUUCCGUCCCGCGGCUGAGCACACAAUCGCCAAGGCGCUUCAGACGACAAUAACGGCGGCGGCGUGCCUCAUCGACCGCGUCCUCAACCAAUACGAAACGCCCUCGCGCUUUGGCGACCUGGAAUGGACGGCGACAUUGGACACAAGCUUGGUCAACCUCCAGCAGGGCCUCCACACCAUGAUCAAGGUCCUUCCGCCCGGCACUCGCUCGGCCGUGCCGGAUGGCUUCUUCAACCGUCACUGGCCCGAGCGCCACGGACUUGCAUCGUCACCUAGCGACUUGCUCAAGACGUUCCUCGCCCACAUUUUGCCCGUAUUUUUGCUGCAUGACGCGGGCGACGUCAUGCUUCCACGCGAACCGACGACCAAUCCGCUGUUUACGCUUCUUCGGACGUACGUCAAGACGAAGCGAGUGCCCGUCGCGCUCGUCUUUGCGUGCCAAUCUCUCUUGUGGAGUCUCGUCUACACUCAAGGAACGUCAGACGCCCACUACGCCAACAUCGUUGACGAUACGCGCGUCACGAUCGCCCGUGUGACGAGCCAAUUGACGACGUGUUGUGAGUUCGCCGACGGUCGCUUCGUGCCAGCGGCCACCGCAUCCAAUAUGGCCAUGGCCUUGCGCUGGCUUGUCAACCUCCGUGUCACUACGUCGCCGAGCAAACCGUUUGGCCAAAUGGAGGUCGACCGUGCGUGGUUCAACCCGUACAUGGCCGGCCAGCUUCUUCUCACGAUCACGACCGAUAUCACGUUUACCUUAGGCUUGACGACGAUCGAUGACAUUGGCCAAGCGCGCGCGAUGAUCCACCUCUACAACGCGCUCCGUGUCCUCGACAAAAUCCCAGCAAACAAGGACCUCGACACGUUGGUGGCAAUGUUUGAGCGUGGCAAGUCCUUGUGGUUGAGCGGUCGUCCAACCUCUCGCGGUGACAUUGGAUGCGGACGUUUGCUGGCGAGGAGCUACAACGCUGUCAAACUCACGUCCCGCGAUCGGCUGGACCACCGCAGCGCGGCGCAGAAGAAGAUGCAAUCGCGGUGUGAUGCGUUGAGCCAGCGACGCUUGCCCAUUGAGCCUGCGCACGUGAGCAAGGCGUACCGUUACGUCACCCGCACAACGACGUCUGACGACGGUCCGCUAACAAAGCUUCCUCGGGCUCUCCAUAUCAAGGGCGUCAUCGACAGGGACCAUGACUGCUUUCAGUACCUCAACCUUUGCAUGGUCGGGCAACUCUUCCGCGGGGCGUGGAAGGAGAUGGUGACGGCGUUCAGCGUCAGCGACCUGCUGCUUGUGCCGCUUGUGCCGGCGCAGGGGGUUGUCGACGGUCCGCGGCGCGAGACGGACGCCAACGUUCGCCUCCCCAACGUAAACCUUUUUUUCAAGUUGCUCCUCAUACUCUGUGCCCGCGACCCGGACGACCAUCGCGUCGCCAAGGCUGCAGAGGCGAUGAUGCAUGUCGCCGAGCGUAUGCACGAAGCGUACAUUGCGCCGCCCGUUGUCACCAAGUAG